AUGUGUACCAAUCCUCAUGUGUUCCAGUCGAUGUGUGCACCAGUCCCCAUGUGUACCAGUCCUCAUGUGUGCCAGUCGACGUGUGGACCAGUACUCAUGUUUACCGGUCCCCAUGUGCACCAGUCCUCAUGUGUACCAUUCCCCAUGUUGCCAGUCCUCAUGUGUACCAGUCCUCAUGUGUACCAGUCUUCAUGUGUACCAGUCCUCAUGUGUACCAGUCCUCAUGUGUACCAGUCCUCAUGUUUGCCAGUCCCCAUGUGCACCAGUCCUCAUGUGUACCAGUCCUCAUGUGUACCAGUCCUCAUGUGUACAAGUCCUCAUGUGCACCUGUCCUCAUGUGCACCAGUCCUCAUGUGCACCAGUCCUCAUGUGUACCAGACCUCGUGUGUACCAGUCGAUGUGUGCACCAGUACUCAUGUUUACCGGUCCCCAUGUGUACCAGUCCUCAUGUGUACCAGUCGAUGUGCACCAGUACUCAUAUUUUACGGUCCACAUGUGUCCAGUCCUCAUGUGUACCAGUCGGCGUGA